AUGCGGCCGCUCGUCUCUUCGGCCUCGGCCGUGCCGCUCCGCUCAUCCAUGAGCGGGUCCUUCGCACCGGUCAGCCCGGUCCUCACCCGCACCACGUCGGCGUCGAGCGACGGCGGAGGCAGCAGCGGCGGCUUCGGCAGCCACCGUCACGUGCUGCCCGGGUCGGGCAGCGGCAUCAGCGCGCCUCCCUUUGUCGUGCCCACGGUCGAGCAUCUGCUGGUGGCCCCGCAGCGCCGGUCCACCGUGCACCCGCUCAUGCGCGCGCCGUCGGCCGAGCCCCUGGUGCGGAUGGUCCCGUCGCCGAUAUCGUCGCCGACGCUCUCGAACAGCGGCGGCAGCCCGCGCUCGGACGAGCUCCCGCGUACGGCGCGGUCGGGCUCGUUCUCCGCCACUGGGUCACUGGUCGACGAUAAUUCGCGGGGCAAGCCGUCGCUCAACGCCCAGCUGCUGCGGUCGCUGUCCGAAAGCGACGGCCGGCUCACGCUGGCCCUCCUCCGCGCGCUCAAGUUCGAAGACUUGGACAACGUCACGCAGGCGGCGGUGGAGUUUUACCUGGAGGCCGAGCGGGACCCGGCUCACCCUCAGCUCGUGAACAUACUCAACACCAUCCUCACCGACGAGGUAAACGCCCACGAAGCGAAUGGUUUCGAACGUGAAGAGGACCCGGCGACCCUGUUCCGGGGCAAGACCAACGCCAGCAAGAUGCUGUCGCUGUGUCUCCGCAAGAGCUGUAACACGUACCUCAAGCUAGCCAUCGGCCCUACCAUCACCGAAAUCUGCACCAGCAUCCCCAGCGUCGAGAUCGACCCCACUCGUGUUGCACCAGAAGUGGCCGAGACCAACGCCACCAACCUGUAUUCGUUAUGCGAGCGCUUCCUCCUUUCAAUCCUGUCGACAGUUGAGUCGUGCCCAAUAUUCAUACGGCGUAUAUUCGCCCACGUGCAGCGGGCCGCGUCGGCGCGAUACCCCGAAAACAAGCAGAUCACUGUACACUACUCCGUCAUCGGCGGCUUCAUCUUCCUUCGCUUCAUCUGCUCCGCCAUAUUCACUCCUGUCGCCUACGGCGCAGUCGAUACGCCGCCGAAGCCCGAGGCGACGCGGGCACUGGCGCUGGUCUCCAAAGUGCUGCAGAUGCUCGCCAACGGCCUCUCCUUCACCCACAAAGAAAGUUACAUGCAAAGCAUGAACCCGUUCCUCGACAAGUACCGAGAAGCCCUCGUCAACUUCCUCCGCGACCUCGCCGACGCGGAGCAAGAUGACGGCUCAUCGUCGGAGGACGACGAACGUGCCAGCAUGAAGCACUCGGCUUCGCCCCUGCCCGGCGCCGAGGUCCUGCUGGGCGCGCUCCACAAGUACGCGGCCGACCUGGCUUCGUCCCUGCACGCCCAGGAUCCGUCCGGUGCGUCGAUGAAGGCCCUGGCCGAGUUCCUGCGGCAGCUCCAGCCCGACGUCGUCGUCGGCCUCGCGCUCCAACUCGGUGGGCGCGGCCGAUUCGACAGCGAAAAGUAG